AUGUCUUGUUUACAACAGCAGCAGUUUUAUGUUCCAACUCUUCAGCAAUAUGGUUUAGAUUUGACCAAAAUGGCCCAAGAGGUAAACCCCAAAUGAAUUUCAGUAUUCUAACUUGAUAUUUGCAUAGUGGAGAUACUAUGCAAGAGAAGAAAAAAUAACCCUUGCCUUAUUGGUGACCCAGGUGUUGGAAAGACUGUAAUUGCAGAAGGCCUAGCUCAGGCCAUUGUUAAUGCUCAAGUUCCAAAUAAACUUCAGGGCAAUAAGGUAUUUUCUUUGGAGAUUGGUAGACUUGUUGCUGGUGCUACAUAUCGUGGCGACUGUGAAGAGAGGUUGGUGAAGAUUGUUCAAGAAGUUGAAAGUAGCAAAGGGAGAAUAAUCCUCUUCAUUGAUGAGCUUCAUACUCUUAUUGGAGCUGGAGGAGAAAGAGGAGCUCUUGAUGCUGCUAACAUCUUGAAACCAGCUCUUGCAAGAGGUGUCCUUAAGUGUGUUGGUGCUACUACUCAGGAUGAAUAUAGGAAGUAUAUUGAAAAAGACUCAGCUUUGAAAAGAAGGUUUCAAACAGUUGAAGUACCUGAACCAUCUAUUGAAGAAACAAUCGAUAUAUUGAAUGGUUUACAAAACAAAUAUGAGAGUUUCCAUAGUGUUAAGUAUUCGCAAGAGGUGAUAGUGGCAGCGGCUCGUUUGUCAAACUGGUACAUCAGUGAUAGAUUUCUCCCUGAUAAAGCAGUAGACUUGAUUGACCAUGCUGGUUCCCGAACUCAGCUUCAGAAAACAGAAGUAGCUACAAAAGGUCAAGUGAUGGUUACAGAGGCAGAUAUCCAACAUUUGGCUUCAACCUGGACAGGAAUUCCAUUGCAAAAACUCUCACUAUCAGAUUCAAACAAGUUGCUUAUCAUGGAAAUAACAUUACACAAAAGAAUUUUAGGACAGCAUGAAGCUGUGGAGGUCAUUAGCUGUGCCAUUCGCCGAGCUCGUGCUGGAAUAAGAGACCCCAGCAGGCCAGUGGCAAGCUUCUUGUUCACUGGCUCAACUGGGGUUGGCUAAACAGAAUUGGCCGAUGCAUUGGCAGCUGAGUAUUUCGGGUCCAAAGAAUCCAUUAUCAGGCUUGACAUGAGUGAGUACAUGGAAAAACAUAGUUCUGCAAGGCUUAUUGGAUCACCUCCUGGCUAUAUAGGCCAUGAUGAAGGUGGACAACUGACAGAAGCUGUUCGUCGCAGGCCGCACUCUCUGAUCCUCUUUGAUGAGAUUGAAAAGGCUCACACAGACAUUUUUAAAAUUCUUCUUCAGAUUUUGGAUGACGGCAGGCUCACAGAUGGUAAAGGUAAAACUGUGGAUUUUAAAAAUACUAUUAUCAUAUUGACCUCAAACAUUGGCAACAAUGUAAUUCUUAAAGGGCAUCAAUUUGGUUUUGGGCAAGUGAAAAUGGAAGUUGCAGAUGAACUGAGGAAAACAUUCAGGCCCGAGUUCUUGAAUAGGCUUGAUGAUGUGGUGGUAUUUAUGCAACUUGAAUCUGCUCAGCUAAAAUAGAUAGUGAACAUAAUGCUGAAAGAAGUUAUUCAAAGACUUAAAGAAAAGAACAUUACCCUGGUAGUGGGGUUUGAGGUCAAAGAGAAGUUGGUUAAAGAAGGAAAUUAUCCAAUCUAUGGGGCUAGACCAUUGAGAAGAGCAAUAGUGAGUCUCUUAGAAGAUACCUUGGCUGAGAGGAUUCUGAGAGGAGACAUUAAAGAAGGGGAUGCAAUUCUUGUUAGUCUUGACAACAAGGGAAAUGUAGUAGUGACUUAAAUUUUGUCAAGUGAUGAAUUCAUGAACUUAUUUGAAUCCUUAAAGUAAAUGGCUUUCUUUUAUGAAUUUCC